AAUUUAUAGUGGACCAUUGACUGGUAGGUGGAAUGGAUUUUAUUGACUUUGACUCAUUUGGGGGUAAUGGAGCCUCGAAGGAUCAAAAUUUACCCCAACCCCAACCAGCAUUAUCAUUACCUAUAACUUCUAAUAUUGAAAAUUUAGGUAAGAGAAUCUCUAGUUUUAGUUUAACGAGGAAUUUAUUAAAAUUUGAUGAUUCUAGUAAUGGAGAAAAUAGUCAUGAUAAUGGAAAUUUAAUGAAUGAAACAACUGUAAUUAAUAAAGAAAAUGAAAUAGCAGAAAAGUAUGCAAAAUUAUCAAUGAAUUUAUUAAAAAAGGAUGAAAAUACAUCUCAUAAUAAUGGUAUAACUUAUAAUAGUGAUGAUGAAAGAAGUGCAGGAGUUCAUAAUAUUAAAAAUUCAGAAAAUCAAACUAGAACAACUUUAUCAACUCGAUUAUCUCGAGUAUUAAAUGAUUCAUUAAGUGAUUCAUUAAUACGAGAAAUCUUUACAAAUUUAGAAGAUAAAUUUAAUGAUAAUGAUUUAGCAUUUGAAGAAUUAAUUGAACCAGGAUUUCAAGGUUCAGUAGCUAGAAAGAAAUUACGAGGUAAAAUUGAAAAUGAAUUAAUUAAAAAUCAAAGUCUUGUUCUUAAAGAAUAUCAACCAAUAAUAAGACAAUUAAGAAUAAUUGAAGAUAGAUUAAAUAAAGUAAACACAUUAAAUAAAAUUACCAAUGAAAAGAUUAAUAAAAAUUAUAAAUUCUCCAAUGAAUUUAAUCAUCAAGUAAAUGAAUUAAAUGAAUCCAAAAAAUUACUUAGUUUAAAGAAAAAUUUAUUAAUUGCAUUUAAAGAUCAAUUUACUUUAAAUGAAUAUGAAGAAUAUGUUUUAACUACUGGAGAAAUAAAUGAUGAAUUCUUUCAAACUUUAAGAAAGGCAGAAUCUAUAAAUGAAAAAUGUUCAAUUUUAUUAUCUAUUGAUAAUCCUCAAUUAGGUUUAAAAGUUAUGUCAAAGAGUAAUCAAAUAAUUAAUAAAUCAUUAGAAAGAAUAAUUUCAUUUUCAAAUAGAACUUUGAAUAAUUUAUAUUCAUUAUCUAGAUCAAGAUUAUCAACUUUACAUAAAUGUCUUAGAUAUCUUAAGAAUAAAUUAAAUUAUUUUUCAUCAAUAGUUAAUACAUUUACUGAACAAAGAUCAAAAGUUCUUAUUGAUGAAUUUUUAAAUCAAGUUCAAGGGAAUUUAGAUAAUGGAAGUCUGAUUAGUGCACCAUCUGGUAAAAGUCAAAGAUCAUCAUCUAUUUCAAGUGAUCAUUCAAAUUCACGUCCAAUAUUUAUAUCUGCUCAUGAUCCAAUUCGAUUUAUUGGAGAUUUAAUGGCUUAUGUUCAUUCUAUUGUAGUUAAUGAAUCAGAAACUAUUUCAAGUAUUUUUACAUUAGAAGUACCUGAAAGUGAUGAAGAAGUUAAAGAAUUUAAGAAUAUUGUUGAUGAUAUAAUAGAUAAAAUUCUUAAAGCAUUAUCUAGACCAAUUAAAACAAGAAUAGAUCAAAUUAUAGCAUCUCAAACAAGAUUAUCUUUAUUAUAUUCUAUCUAUAAUUUAGUAGAAUUAUAUGCUUUAAUGUUUACAAAACAACUUCCAAACAAUAGUGAACUUUUAUUAACUGUUAAACAAUUAGUUUAUUCAUCUCAAGAUAGAUUUAAAACCAUUAUAUCAAAUAGAUUAGCUACUAUUAAAUCAAGUAAUCUGGCUAAAUUAGAUUUAAAUCUUGAUUUACAACCUCCAGAAUGGAUUGUGGAAUUUUAUUCUGAUAUUCUACCUAUAAUUGAUCAAAUGACAACUGAUACAAUAUUUAAUUUAUCAAAAUCCGAUCAUCAAGAAUUCCUGACAUUAAUUGUUAAUAAACCAAUUGAAAUAUUUUAUGAACAUAUAAAGGAAAAUAAUUUAAUUGAAGAUAAAAGAGAUAAUAUAAUUAUAAAAUUAAAUUUUCUUGAUUUAACAUUAUCAAAAAUUAUGCCUAUAACACUUUUAAAUGAUAAAGCUAUUGAAGUUAAUGAAAUUAUUAAUGAAUUAGUAAUUGAAUUAACUCAAGUUCAAUUAGAUGUUUUAUUAAAUAAUUGUAAUCUUUAUGAUUAUUAUAAUAUAGUCCAAAUGAUUUGUCCAAUAACUGAUGAUUUCUUUGAUGUAUCUAUUUAUGAACCUAUAAAAGAAAAUAAAUUAUAUAAUAAAGAAGAUAUUGUUAAAUUGAAUGAUAUAAUUCAAGAAUUCAUUCCAAAUGCAUUAAUUGAUGUUCAACAAUCAUUAAUGAAAUUAAAUUCUCCAAUGAUUGUUACUGAUGUCAUAACUAAUUCUUCAUUAACAUUUGUAAAGUUCUAUGAAAAAUUCAAUUUAAUUAAUUUAGAAUACUUACAACAAACCUUUACUUGGAAUUCACUUGAGUUGGCUACAUUAUUAGGAGUUGAAGAAGAAUUCUUUCAACAAGAUCGUUUAGACUCAUUAAGUCCAAGUGUAUAG